UGGAGUUGAGAGGGGGAGGUUAAGGUUGUUGGGGGAAGGUAGAAUACUGUAGGCUGAAGGCCUAAGCAACAUAAUCGCCAAAACGUGCGGCAAUUACAUGAAACUGUGGAAAUUGAAUGCCAAACAGCAGCUGCUUAUAUUCUCUCUGUUUGUGUGUGUAUGUGUGGCAUGUAAUUCGCAUUGGUGGAGAGGCAAAUUCAAUUAACAGCGGGGAGCGAGACACGUGCCGGGCUAUAAAAACAACAAACUACUCGAGUGAAGAGACCACUUGGAUCUCUGAAAUGGGCAGCUUAACUCAACUGAUUCCGCUUUUACUGUUAUUAUUGACUGGUAAGGCGCACGCGUGGAACACUCAACCGGAAACGGAUGACGACUCUGAGGAGGAACUCAUGUCUCUGCGCUGGCAAGUUGGCUAUGAGCAGUGGCAGCGUCAGUGUGAGCCAUACGAGCUGCAAGUGGCAGCAACUGGAUUCAGCACACGCAUUGCUCGUGGAGAUUUUGCCGAGCCUGGCAUGUUUCCAUACCAGGUGGCACUGCUGUUGCAACUGCGCCAAGGAACACUGCGGCAAUGUGGCGGCUCGCUGAUAAGUCUACAGUUUGUGCUGACGGCGGCACAUUGUCUGACAGAUGCAGUAAGUGGCAAACUCUAUUUGGGUGCCACAACUUACGCAAAUGCCACAGCAGCCGAGCAGAGCUUUGAGGUGCAACAGCAGGACUUUAAUAUCUACCCAGGUUAUUUGGGAUUCGGUGGCUAUAAUGACCUGGCAUUGAUACGCCUGCCCCAAUGUGCCACGCCCAGUGCACGCGUGCAACCAAUUGCACUGGCACGUCGCUUCAUGCAACAGCCGCUGUUGCAGGGUCAAUUAGUCAGCAGCUCGGGUUGGGGUGCAAUGGGAGAUGCGCUGAAUGCCGCAACACGCACUGUGGAGGAGGUUAAUCCAUUGCAAUACGUAAAUGUCCAGGUGUUGGAGCAGCAGCGUUGCAUUUGCCGCUUUUUGCCGGGCUUGGUCAGCGCGAGGAGACACAUUUGCACCGAUGGUAGUGGUGGGAGAGGGGCCUGCGAGGGGGAUUCGGGUGGUCCACUGGUCUAUCAGUGGCGCAAUGUCAGCUAUUUGAUAGGGCUAACCUCAUUUGGCAACGCCAUGGGCUGUGAACUGGAUGCUCCCACUGUCUACACGAGGAUAACUUCCUAUUUGGAGUGGAUUAUGGAUGAAGCGGGUCUCGACAGCGACAACUGAAUGGGAGUCAGUCAGCAUUCAGCAGUCAACAGUCAACAGUCGACAGUCAGCUAAAUGCAAUUAACGCCUAAUUGUUGGCCAUUAAUUGCUUAACAAUAUAGCCCUGGCAGACAGCAGGAACAGCAGCCAGAGCACGUCCAGGACAAUAAAACCAAUUAAGUCGACACUAACAAUGAAAUCGAGUCCUGGCCAAGUUAAACUUUAGUGUUUGUCGUUAUACUGGCUCUUGGCCCAAAUGGAUAUUGUAGGCCAUAAAUAACAAUAAACAAUGAAAUCGAAAUACUUGCUAAAUAUACAUAGGGAAAUACUCAUAAAAA